CGGGACCGGGAGCGGCUGUGCGGGCAGGCCCCCCAGUGCGUCCUCGCCUUCGACGUGGUGAGCUGCUGGCGGGAGCGCUACCGCCUGGUGCACGUGGAGCUGGAGGUGCGCGACAUCAACGACAACGCGCCACGCUUCCCCCGCGCCCAGAUGGCGCUGGAGGUGUCGGAGAGCGCCGCACCUGGUACCCGCCUCCCGCUGGAGGUGGCCGUGGACGAGGACGUGGGCUCCAACUCCAUCCAGAGCUUCCAGGUCUUCCUCAACAGCCACUUCGGCGUGGAGGCGCAGACGCGGGCGGACGGGGCACGCUGCGCUGACCUGGUGCUGCUCCAGGAGCUGGACCGCGAGCGCCAGCCCUCCUACACGCUGGAGCUGGUGGCCAAGGACGGGGGCAGCCCCCCACUCUCACCCUACGGGCGCGCCCGCACCUAUGAGCUGGACGUACGUGCCCAGGACCGUGGUGCCAGUCCCCGUGCUGCCACCUGCACCGUCAUCGUGCGCCUCGCCGACGUCAAUGACAAUGCGCCACGCAUCAGCAUCAGCGCCCUCCGUGGUGCCGCCAGCGCCAGCGGCGUGGCCUACGUUAGCGAGGCGGCGGCCAGCGAGAGCUUCGUGGCCCUUGUCAGUGCCUCGGACCGUGACUCGGGUGCUAACGGGCAGGUGCGCUGCAGCCUCCGUGGCCAUGACCACUUUGCCCUGCAGCGUGCCUAUGAGGACAGCUACAUGAUCGUCACCACUGCGGCACUGGACCGCGAGCGCAUCCCCGAGUACAACCUCACCGUGGUGGCCGAGGACCUGGGCUCACCACCCUUCAAGACAGUGCGCCAAUACACAGUGCGGGUGAGCGAUGAGAAUGACAAUGCGCCACUCUUCGCCAAGCCCCUCUAUGAGGUGGCUGUGCCAGAGAACAACCCCCCGGGUGCCUACAUCACCACUGUGGUGGCCCGCGACCCCGAUCUUGGCCACAACGGUAAGGUCACCUACCGUCUCCUGGAGACACAGGUCAUGGGGGCCCCCAUCUCCACCUAUGUCUCGGUGGACCCUGCCACCGGGGCCAUCUAUGCCCUCAGGACGUUCAACUAUGAGAUCCUCAAGCAGCUGGACCUGAGGAUCCAGGCCACUGAUGGAGGCUCACCACAACUCUCCAGCAGCACCCUUGUCAAAGUGAGGAUGGUGGACCAGAACGACAACCCUCCUGUUAUCAUCCACCCGGUGCUCACCAAUGGGACGGUGGAAAUCGGUGUGUCCAGCAAGACCUCCCGCGACUCCCUGGUGGCCCAGAUCAAAGCUCGAGACGCAGAUGAUGGGGCCAACGCCGAACUCACCUUUGCCUUCCUGGAAGAGCCCCAGCAGGAGCUUUUCGCCAUCAACCCGAGUACUGGGGACAUUGUGCUGAGGGGCGACCUCUCUGAAGAGCUGGGACAGCUGUUCAAGGUCAUCCUCACUGUGACAGACAAUGGCAGACCCCCCCUGGCCACCACGGCCACAGUCAACUUCCUGGUGACCGCCACUGCUCCGUCCAGCAUCCAGGAGGUAGCCAAGCCCAGCUCCUGGGAAGGAAAGGCUUUGCAGUGGGACAUCCCUCUGAUCGUGAUCAUUGUCCUGGCAGGCAGCUGCACCCUCCUCCUGGUGGCUAUAAUCACCAUCGCCACCACCUGCAACAGGCGCAAGAAGGGGAACGAGAUCAAAAACAACGCUUCCUUGAAGGAGCAGAUAGACAUCUCCCACCUGGAGAAGGGCCGGCAGGAGGAGGGCAGCCAGAGGGGGAAUGUGUUUGAGGUACGAACCUUUCCCAGCAAAGCCUCUUUCACCAGCCCCGACCCUUCUCCGGCGGCUGAAGAGAUCUCCACUGCCGAGAGCGGCAGUGACAGCACUUGCCUCUAUGAGGGUCAGAAGAGGCUCCGGGGACCGAGCGGGGAGCCGUGGUUCUGAAAGGAGCCCGCUCCCCCCGUGGCCAUUUGGAAGGGGCACUCGUUCAACACCAUCUCCGGUCGAGAGGCAGAGAAGUUCAGUGGCAAAGACAGCGGCAAAGGCGACAGCGAUUUUAACGACAGCGACUCGGACAUCAGUGGAGAUGCCCUGAAGAAAGAUCUCAUCACGCACAUGCAGAACGGUCUGUGGGCAUGUACGGCUGAGUGCAAGAUCCUGGGCCACUCGGACCGCUGCUGGAGCCCCUCCUGCGGCCGAGCCAACCCUCACCCCUCUCCCCAUCCUUCGGCACCCCUCUCCACCUUCUGCAAGAGCACGUCCUUGCCCAGGGAUCCCCUUCGCAGGGACAACUUUUACCAAGCCCAGCUGCCCAAAACAGUGGGGCUUCAGAGCGUCUACGAGAAAGUGCUGCACAGGGACUUUGACCGGACGAUCACGCUGCUCUCCCCACCGCGCCCCGCACGGCUCCCCGACCUUCAGGAGAUCGGGGUGCCCCUCUACCCAGCCCCCUCGACUAGAUACCUGGGCCCCCAGACUGACACAGCUGAGAAAGCGUAG